CCAGGAAGUCUAACCAAAAAACGAACCGCCAGCGGAGAAAGCUUGAGCUUCACAAUCUUUAUUUUUUGGUACCCAGUUGCAAUAUGUGGACGACUGCCUUAUCAGACAGCUGAAACUUUGGUUUCCAAAGCUGCGGGAGCUACACGGGAGAUGUUCAAAUAACUAGCCUGCUGACAGUGAGAGAACCCGUGUAAAGCCUGAGUGGUAGUGAAUGAAACCGGAGGAGACGCCGCACAGUUUCCACUCUUGACGGUGACGUUUUGGCAUCUGAUCCACUGGCCAACCUAGUUCUUUAAUCCUUGGUUGGAAAGCAUUUGGCUCGGAGGGAUUACAUCGUCAGCUUUAUUUGUUUCGUGAAGUGGGCGAAAACUAGACUACGACUUGAAAGUUAAUCGGUUUUGCCUUCAAACAAUCCCUUUAAAACGAAUACUUUAACGCCUUGGGUCUUCCUUUCAAAAUGGGGGGAGAUAAAGUGUGAAGAUAUGUGACUAUCUGAGGAUUGCCACAGGAUCAUAGAAACCACAGUCGAAUAUUUUUCAGAUCCCAUUUUCUUUGUUUUCUUUUAUACCCAUUGCACAUUUAUACAGUUUACGUUAUUAAAAUGCUUUAGCUGGACGCAUAAUUUUGAAAAACGAUAUACCGGAAGUAGCGUGUGUAGGAAUUGUUGUGUAGCCGAGCCUGACUGAGGUCGUGUUUAUCGGAUCUCCUGUCGACCCUGUUCUUCGGGUUUGCCUGCUUCGUAACGACAUGAUUAUGAAUGUCACGCUGUGUCUCGGCAGCACACGCGCCGCGUGUUUCCGUUUCGACGCAACGUUUCCACGCGCCGGAGCCAGCGGGUAGCAGUUGGGUCAGCGGCAUGCGGUCCGAUGUGGAGUACAGCCCGGUAGGAGAGGGGCUGGGGAUGCGCGACUUCUGGCUGUACGUGUGGCUGCGGAGGGCGGCGCUUUUAGCGGCUCAUGUCACCGGCCUGGGCCUGACCCUCAUCAUCUCCCUGCUGUCCAGACCUGGAACCAGUCUGUUUUCUUGGCAUCCAGUGUGUAUGUCUGUUGCAUACUGCCUGUGUAUGACUGAAGGCAUCCUCCUCUUCUCAGCCGAGGGAUCUGCCUUCUGCUUCAAAUCUCGGAAAAGUAAAGUCCGUCUACACUGGUUCUGUCAAGCUCUGGUCCUGAUAGCUUCAGCCACUGGACUGGGCUUCAUGGUGGCCAGCAAGAAUGUCUCAGAGCGCCAACACCUCGUCACCUGGCACAGUCUGCUGGGCAUCGGCACCCUGGCCGCCACUGUGCUCCAAGCGGCUUGCGGUAUCUGCAUAGUCUUCCCUAAGCUGCUUCGCCUCUCCCCCUCUCUGCCCAAACUGCAGCUGUACCAUGCCACCUGUGGCCUGGUGGUCUACCUGCUGGCCACAGUGACUGUGGUGUUGGCCAUGUUCUCAGACUGGUUCCAGGCCACAGUGAAAGGGGUGGCCUGGUGGGCCUUCCUCCUGCUGCCCCUCUUCCCUGCCCUGGUGGUGAUGAACCAGAUCACUAAUGCCUUCCUGCCCCGCAAGAAGAUCACCAGCUAGGAAGUGCAGAGGAAACAGAUGAGAGAUUCACUUUAUUCACUCAGUGGCCGUAUUGGAUUGACAUUGUGGUGGAAUCAUGAGUCUUCAGCCAAAACAGCCUUUGAAGAUAAAACGGCUAAAGCAAAAUACUUCAGAUACUGGUAGUUGCAUAGACAGUAAAAGAACAUAAAAACAUGGGUGACUGCCUUAAACCACAGGUUUCUGAAAGGUAUUUUUGUUUGUUACUGGAGCUAGAAAAUCCUCCUGAGGCAAAGGGGCAGAGGGAGGGUGGAGCUCAGAUUAGACAUAGAAAUCUCAGACACCACAUUUGAUUUUGAUCAUUUGUGCUCAUUAAUGAUGAAUUUGUACUUUCCAAUUGAGAAUUUGUCUUCAGAAAUUUGAAAGUACAAAUUUCUGCACACAGAUUAUUCAAUUUCUCCACUCAGUUGAAUGUAGAAAGUCAUUGUAGCAGUUGCAGUUUGUUGUGUCUACUGCAAAAAUCAGAACGUUAGCAGCAGCUUUGCUUUAGUGUGGAGAGUUAACACUUUUAUUCCAUUUGCUAAAUGAAUUGAGUAAUUAGUAGAAUGAAAGAAGUAAUUUUAGGGGAACAAAACAAAUGUUUUGAGCAGAAGUUCUGACCUCAAGAGUAUGGAUAUAGUGUGUGCACAGGUCUUUAGAAAUGUUACCCCUACCCAGCUUACAUGUUCCCGUACACCAGCUUAAAACAGUUCAACUUUGACACCUUCAGCUUCCUAAAGCUCUCUCUCCUGCUUCAAAUAAGACACAGAGGAAUUUUCAAAGAAUUCAAUGACACUAUGCACAAUAUGUGGGGUUCCUUGCCAAAUGUAUACACACAUGAAAGCCAGGACACCAUAGAGGAUGGUUAUCCUGACACAUUCCUGGAGGCGACCCCAUAGCUGGAGCUGGUGAACCCCCUGAGCAACUUUUGUCCGUUGCCUCUUUAGAGGAAUAUUUGCACUACAUAUGCAGUGAAAGCAAAACUCUCAAAGACACUGUAGUGUAUGUAGACUGGUUUCUGAAGGGAUAUGAAGCACCUGCUGCUGUUUGAUUGAGCUAGAGUGAUGAAGGUGCUGUGGAUGAUUCUAUACCAGCCUGUAAAUUCUAUUUAUUUAUUCAUUUAUGAUAUUUUUUAAUUGUGUCUGUUCUGGCUGCUUACAGGUGCUACAUGAAGCAUUUUAGCAUUAAAGCUCCAUCAAUCAGUAUUUGUUUAUAUACUUACACUGAAUCGAAUGAUGACAUAAUGUGAAGCAGUCACUUGCAGCAACAAACCGGUAAAGAAUGAUCACCCAGCCCUGCAGCUUUACAAAGCCUCUUUUAGCUGAUUGUUUUGAUUUUAUGACAUGUCUACCGUUGGUUCAGUCUCACGGCUCUCAUUAAGACAAAAAAUAAAAAAAACGAACAUAAUUGAACAUUUAACAGCUAAAGAGACAGAUAUUUUUCUCAGGAGUUGGUGGAGAGCAAACCACAGCUAAAAGAAGACUGAAUAUUGAACUAACAGUGCACUUUAAGUAUUCAGACACCCUUGACUUUCUUCACAUUUAUGCUGAAAUCCUUUAAAUUAAUUUUCUCCCUCAUCAGUCAAUACCCAAUAAUGACAAAGCCAAAACAGAAUUUUAGAACUUUUUGCAAAUUUAUGAAGAUGGAAAAAGCGAAUUAUCACAUUGACAGAAGUAUUCAGACCCUUAACUCAGUAUUUAA